UUGAGAUGAGGUUUGGGAGUCGGGUGUCAUGUGAUACACGAGCGCUUGUACAGAUUCAUGAACCUUCUUCUACUUUCAAUCUUUGCUACUCUCAUCUCCAUCAAAUCCAGAUAUUUACCCUCCCCGCUCACUUUGGCGCUUUCUUGGAUUCUAUACUCCAACAAAUCUAAUUUCUCUCUUUCACACACACACACUUACACAAACUGUCUAUAUACGAGGUAUCACUUUUGGGUUUUCAGAUUCAUCUCAUCUUGUAUCUAUUUUUCUCCUUUAUUUCUUCAUAAAGAUAGUGUUGCUUGUUCAACAUUCUUCAUUCAGUGAGCAUCCAGAAUUCCCUAAUUCCUAGGUUUUCUUGUGCAUUUUUUUUAUUUGGUGGGGUGGGGUAAAACUUUAUUCUUUACCCUUUCUUCCCCAAAUAAUAGGGUUUUAAUUACUUCGGAUGUGGGGUUCCCUAAAAAAUAAUUCUUGCUUUAGCCUCGGGCUAACUCACGGGAUUCAUUAAAUUGAACCGGGUUUAUGUAAGAUUUCAGAUGGGGAGUAAGUUUUGGUUGAAGGAUGAGGAUAAGGCUGUGGUGGAAAGGGUAGUGGGCAAUGAAGCAGCUGAAUAUCUUGCUUGGUUGGCCUCGAACAACGUGCUGUUGGAAUUUUCUCCAUCCGGUGGGGAUCUAGGGGUGCAGCAAGCACUGGUCAAGAUUGUUGAGGGAUCAGAUUGGACAUAUGCAAUAUAUUGGCAUGUUUCUAAAUCUAAGUCUGGUAGGUCUGCCUUGAUAUGGGGCGACGGUCAUUGUAGGGAGCCAAAGGAAGGUGAGGGCGAGGAAGGUAAUGUUUCCAAGAAUGAGAAAUCAGUGGAUGGAGAUGGUAGAAGAUGGGUGCUGCACAAGAUUCAUGCUUGCUUUGGGGGAUCAGAGGAAGAUAAUGUUGCUGCUAAGUUGGACAAAGUUUCGGAUGUGGAGAUGUUUUAUCUCACAUCGAUGUAUCUUGCCUUUCCCUUUGAUAAACCUUCCAUUCCCUCUCAGUCAUUCAACUCUGGUAGGUCUAUUUGGCUUUCUGAUGCGAAAAGCUGUUUAGAACGUUACGAGUCGAGGUCAUAUUUGGCAAAGUUGGCUCGUUUGGAGACAGUGGUGUUUGUUCCAACAAAGUCAGGGGUGGUGGAGAUUGGCUCCAGGAGUUCUAUACCUGAGGAUAGGAGUGUUAUUCAAUCAACAAAAUCUAUAGUUGUGAAACCGAGUUUAGCAGCACAGGCUAAAGCUGCUCCAAAGAUUUUUGGUCAGGAACUGAGUGUUGGGAGUUCAAGAUCAGGACCGAUUAGUAUUAGCUUCUCUCCUAAGGUGGAAGAUGAUUCUGUCUAUUCUGUGGAAUCAUAUGAUUUGCAGACACUAGGUGGUGCUCAAAUGUAUGGAAACUCAUCAAAUGGGCACAGAAAUGAUGAUAGUGAUGGGAAACUAUUGUCACAAUCCAUUAUUUCUAACACUGAGCAAGCUAGGGAUGAUUCAUUUCACAUCUCUGAUGAGCGGAAGCCCAGAAAACGGGGUAGGAAGCCAGCAAAUGGGAGGGAAGAACCAUUGAAUCAUGUGGAAGCAGAAAGGCAGAGACGUGAGAAGCUCAAUCAACGUUUUUAUGCAUUGAGAGCAGUAGUUCCAAAUAUCUCCAAGAUGGACAAAGCAUCUCUGCUCGGUGAUGCAAUUGCCUAUAUUGCAGAUCUUCAGACGAAGAUAAGGAUAAUGGAAACAGAAAAGGGGAUUUUGAAUGGAAAUGAGUAUCACUGCACUAUACAAGAUAUUGAGUUUCAAGAAAGGCAUGAAGAUGCAGUUGUCCGCGUAAGUUGCCCUCUGGACUCUCACCCUGUAUCUGGGGUUAUAAAGGAAUUGAAAGAGCAUCAAGUUUCGACACAAGAAUCCACCAUUUCCUUAACUGAGCAUGGUGAAAUCAUCCACACGUUCUCCAUACACACUCAGGAUGGUGCUGCUCAACACUUGAAGGAUAAGUUGGCUGCUGCCCUCUUAAAUUGAUUUUCAAUGUAAACAUUGUUUGUGUAUUGAUGUAGUUUUGAUAAUCUUAUUUUAAUUGUGUAGAACUUCCUAUUUGUAAUUGUGCUCAGUUAAUGCAUAUCCAUAUUUAUCAUUAAA